AUGAAUAAAUAUUCACCUGAUAGCCUUGUACAAAUAAAAUAAAAUAUAUUAGAAAUGCCUUGUAGGUGCAAUAUUGGUAAAAGCUGGAUAAGCAUUAUUGAUGACUUGGGGAAAAUCAAAUGUUUAUUAUUAUUCGUAUUUCAAAAUGAAUGAUCCUAACUUAUCAGUUGCUUAUAACACCUUACCUAUAGCAUUAAUGGGUAUACCUUUGGCAGCUGCAUCAGUAUAUUCAUUAAAGAUAGCAGAUAGAAUAGGCUAUGAGAAAUUAAUAAGAAUCACAACAUCACUAUAAUUCUUAUCAUUCCUACUAGCAUUACAUGCAACUUAAUAUUUAGAAUUCAUAAUUUUUUAUUUGGGAUUUAUUGGUUUAGGAUAUGCAUUAUUAGCAUUUCCUUUGUUGAAAUGUUUAUGGAGUCAUUUUUCAGAGCAAGAAGGUAUGGUAACAGGUAUUUUAUUUGGAGUCUUUGGAUUUGCUACAUUUUUUUUUUUACUUCUGGUCACAUAUAUAGUGAAUCCAAAUAAUGAAGAAGCUACUUUAUCAGUAAUCUAUAAAUUAUUACAUAGAUGAAAGUAGGUUCAUAGUAAUAUUUAUAUUUCUCAGAAGAUGUUGCAAUUAACACAUACAAAGCUAUUAAAUAUGCUGGAUUUAUAGCUGGUACAUUAAGUGUUUGUGGUAGUCUAUUAAUAAACCAAAGAAAAUUGGAAGUGGCAGAAGAGUAGGAAUUAUAAGUAUUGACCAGUGAGAUUCAAAAUAUUAAAGUUACUCCAAAUGACCCUCUUUUAUAAGUUGUUAAAACUACUCAAUUCAAAAUAAUUCUGGGAUCUUACUUCACUGUAUUUUUUUUUGAAGUAACAUUGGGAUUGAACUAUAAAACUUAUGUUCUUUAAAAGGUAAAUAGAUAUUAUUAGUUUAAGAGAUUAAUAAUGACUAAUUGAUUACAUGGGUUGACACACUUGGAAUUAUUCUUGGAUCAAUAGCUAAUUUCGUUUUUGGUAAGAUGGCUGAUUAGGUUACAUUCACAGUCUUAUUACAUAAAUUAUUAAUAUUAAUGUGUAUAAUAGCUAUAAUGAUUCCUAUUUCCUUAAAUAUUUCUAAAGAUUUAUUCAUUAUUGGUAAACUUAUAAAUUUAUUGAUAGAUUAUCUAUUGUUAUCUAUUGUCACUAAAGGAAUUAUUGUAAUUUUAGGUCCAGGAUUACUAUAGAUUUUUGGUAAAAAAACUGGUGCUGAUAUAUUGCCAAUUGUUAAUUUUAGUGGAUUAUUAGGUUUCAUCAUUUCAUCUUUAUCUAUAUUACUGAUAGUUCCAAUAUUAAGAUUUGAUGGUACAUUCAUUUUUCAAGGAUUGUUGAUUGGAUUGGCUGCCUAUAGUACUAAAAAGCUCAAUUAAUGA